AUGGCUGAGACUGGGGUGACGAGAAGGGAUUCUGAUGGGAACGAAGACGACAAUGUUGAUAACAGGGACAUUGAAAAUGACCACCGUGGCUCUGUUUCAUCGGAAAUAAGUAAAACCGACACUGAGUUAAAUUCAUUUCUAUGUGGGUGGUGCAGCCUGCGACCGACGUGGAUGCAACGAUUCAGGACGUCUAACUGGUUAGCGGGGAUACUGUCAUCUCUCAUGUUUGUACAGGGAUUUGCCAUUAUUGGGAUUGUGUACAUGAGUUUAUCGAGCAUUGAGAUUCGAUUCGGACUCAGCAGUUUGGCGAUAGGUAUUAUCGUGGCAACAUAUGACUUGACAGUCACGUUGCUCAUUGUAUUCGUCUCGUACUUCGGUGCCACGAGGAAUAAACCCAGAGUACUUGGCAUUGGUGCUGUGAUCAUGGGGUGUGGAUCCUUAACGUGGGCUAUCCCGCACUUCACUACUGGUUUGUACGAUUACGAUGCUGCGUAUGGGGACGAGGACACUCUCUGUGUGCCUGGUAGAAACACUUCACAAAUAAUAAGUGACUGCAAGGAAGAGGAAUGGGGAGACCUGUCAUAUUAUUUUUUCGUCUUCGUAUUUGCUCAAGUGCUUCAUGGAAUAGGUGCAUCACCUAUAUAUACAGUUGGAUUCGCAUUUGCCGAUGAGAAUGCUUCGCACAGAAGAUCGGCCUGGUACUUAGCUAUUAUGAGUACAUGCUCCGUGUUUGGUCCUACGCUUGGAUUUCUGGUUGGUUCAUACUUCCUUACUAUAUAUGUAGACCCACUGUACCAAGACGAUUUGACGAUAGAUAACUCGGAUCCUAGCUGGGUUGGUGCGUGGUGGAUCGGUUUCUUAUUGGCAUGGAUCUUAGCAUGGAUGGUAGCCGCGCCGACCGGUGCAUUUCCUCCCGAAUUACCAGGAACCAAGCAUAUUCAACAUGAACGCCAGUCACAGGCACACCACAAUGACGACACUGAACUACUAAAUACGAGGUCCUCCUUUGGGGAAGGAUGGAAAGACAUGUGGCCUGCUACAAAAAUGCUUUUUAAAAACCCUUUCUAUUGUUGCAUCGUUGUCUAUAAAACAGCCUUAACAUUUAUCGUAUAUGGAUUCCUUCCUUUUAUUGUGAAGUUCAUUGAAAAUCAGUUCGGUUUAACAGCGUCGGAAGCUGGUCUGCUUUUAGCGGCGACGUCCAUGCCUGGUGCUGCUGGGGGUACGUUACUGGGAGGAUGGGUUAUAAAGAAAUUCAAUUUAAAAGUCAUAGGAACCACGCGAUUCUGCAUAUUUGCGACGAUCGUGACGAUGUGCCUCUUUCCAAUAUUUCUUUUACAAUGUCCAGAACAACAAAUAGCUGGGGUAGUUACAUCGUACAACAGUUCAGAUACGAGUGAUCUUGACGAAGUCAACCUUAACCAUCCUUGUAACUCUGUGUGCGGUUGUGCUGGUACUGAGACAUUUGAUCCAGUCUGUGGAACCAAUAAUCUUCUAUAUUUUGAUGCGUGCUAUGCCGGUUGCCUGGAUACGCCGGAUGGUGGAGAGACGUAUUAUAACUGCAGUUGCAUCUCGUCGGACGCGGGAAGUGUCGACUCACCGGAAGCUGUAUCCGGCAAAUGUGAAGUCGAAUGCUGGCAACUUCCGGUGUUUGCUGUAGGGUUUUUUAUCAUUCUACUUCUAGCAUUCCUUAUACUGACUCCAAGUACAAUUUUGACUAUGAGGUGUGUACCAGAUCAGCAGAGGUCACAUGCCCUCGGUAUAUCUUCCAUCAUAUGUCGGUGUCUUGGGGCAAUCCCAGGACCAAUUCUGAUUGGUGCAGCGAUUGACAGUUCGUGCCUUGUAUGGCAAGAGGUCUGCGGCGAUACCGGGACUUGUUGGAUCUACGAUAACCACACGUUUGGUUUGAAAUUCGUUGUUAUAGGCACAGUAGUUGCCGGCAUUGGCCUCAUUGGUUGUAUUGUUGCCCUUCUAGUCUAUAAACCUCCACCCGAGGAAAUUAUUAAUGACCAAAUCGACUCAACAAGUACAAAUCCGGUAUCGACUAUGGCAAAUGAGACAACGUCUGCUAUCAAAAAAGAGACAAGCACCGCAUCACUACUAGGUUCGUCGCUAAUAAUGUCAAAUACAGAGAUGACAAGAAAAGAUUGUGAUGAAAAUGAAGAUGCCAAUGGAGUUAACAGACCCAUCGACAAAUCUACAGAUGGUUCUGUUUCUUCCAAAAUAAGUAACAUCGAUAUUGAUACAGAAUCUCUUCUGUGUGGAUGGUUCAGCUUACGUCCGUUAUGGAUACAGCGCUUCAGUACUCCUAACUGGUUAGCGGGGAUAAUGUCAUCUCUUACGUUUGUACACGGAUUUGCCAUUAUUGGGAUCGUGUACAUGAGUUUAUCGAGCAUAGAGAUACGAUUCGGGCUUAAGCACGGCUAUAGGCAUCAUCGUGGCCACGUAUGA